UCUUGUCUUCUUCCUCCUCCUCCUAGAAGAAACUCUGCAACUCUGCAAACACAAAGAUUUGUAAGGGUUGAAGUUUGUUUUCAUCAAUGGAUAAAGCAGCAAGUCAUGAAGAACUAAUUACGGAGAAGCUCGACAAAUCACUUAGAGGUGGUGCCUCUGAGAUGCUGUUCUCCAUUACUCAACUGAGAGGUAUACAGAAGCAUAGCAAGAUGGUUGAAGCCAACCUCAAGAGUAGAUCCAAAGCGCUAGAGUUAAAGGAGAAGGAGCUCCAGACUCUGAGCUCUGACCUUGAACAAAAGGUUGAGACUUUUGAAAAAGAGAAGGCCGAAGCUGGUGAUAUGAAGAAGCUGGUGGGAGAGUGUGGGGAACUGAGGUUGAAGAGAAACGAGCUGACGGCGAAGCUGGACACGUCGUCAAGGCUUCAGAGAGAGAUCGAGGUGAAGAAGAGCCAGUGGACGCAGCACUCGGCUGAGACUGGGAGGCUUUGCAGCGAGAUGAGUAAAAAGAGGAACGAGUUGGCGCUGACUCUUGAGCAGGUUAAGGAAUGUGAGAAGCGGUUUAAGAUGAAGGCAUUGGAGUUAGCUUCUAAAGAGAAGGACUUGCGGGGUGUGAGAGAGUCUAUUGAGGUUUAUGAUUCUGAGCUUGAGGUGAAACAGAAGAUGGUGCAGUCAUUGAACGAUGAGAUUGACUCCAAGUCCAAAGAGUCAAGGGAGAUCAAAAGAGUGAUUGAGCAACAAACCAGUGAGCUUGUUGUCAUGCAAAAGCAGCUUGGUUCUAUCAGAAGCUCUUGUGAGAUGGAAGAAAGAGAUAAAGAAAAGGAGCUGGGUCUGCUUAAGAAGCAGAUAGAGUCAGAGGAGAAGAAACUCCUUCAGCUCAAGAGAGAAAAGGAAGUGGUGACAGGUAUAAAGAAGAAAGAUUUGGAGCUGACUCUUUCCAAGAUUGAAGAAUCCAGCCAGCAGCUUGCGGAUGUGAAUCACCAACUUGAGUCUCAACGGAGACAGCUCGAGAUGCAGUCAGUUGAGCAAGUUUCUAAACGGAUGGAGUUUGAAAGUCUUCGAGAAUCAAGCAAGCGCUUGGUUUUUGACCUUGGGGUGAAAGAAAAGAGGUUCCAAGAAUUAAACAAUCUGAUAAAGAUCUCUGGCGAACAGCUUAACUUGAAAUCCAAAGAGCUGGAGGAGAUUGAAAGGGAGCUCAAGCUCAAGAGACGCUUGAGACAAAUGAGCACUGUGCUUGUUAAUCGUGAGAAGCAACCUCAGCAGAAUGCAGAAGAAGAACCUGAACCGAUAGAUACUCUCAUGCCUGAAAUCUCAGCUUCUCUUACGCGCCAUGAAGUCUCCAGCGUCCUUAGAGCUACACCAAAUCGAGCAGGAUUUGUUCUGGAACAAGUGCAGGAUGGAAUUAGACAAGGGUCAACUUCUCAAGACACGUUCUUGGAGACCUUGGUUCUUAUUUUUGAGGAGCUAGUCAAAAUUCAAGGACCGGACGAGUCUCAGCUGCUGCAGCUCCAAGCCAGAGAAGUGGCAACUCUAUGGAAAGAGAGGAUAACCAUCGAAGCUCCAAAGUCAACUCUCGAGGCUUUGGCCUUUCUUCUGUUCAUCAUUGCAUAUGGAUUGAAGACACUGAUCAAUGAAGAGGAAACUGCUUUGCUUGCUUCGUCUAUUGCUCAGUACGGACAGGCUCCAAGACUCUUUGGAUAUCUGAGUCUCAACCCUAAGAUCCGAGAGUUUGUUGAAGAGCUCAUCAAGAAAAGCUUGUAUAUUCCUGCAGUUAGGCUUAUCUGUUUGGUUAAUCUUGAUAAAGAGGAUAAAGAGGUAUCCUUCUCACCUUCAGAGCUCUUGAAGAAAGAGAUCACCACUUUCAGACGUUCUGCCCUGGAAAAUAGAUCCACACAGGCGAAAGAGAGAGAUGGUGGAAGACUGAGAGCUAUACUUGAACUUGUGGCGGAUUACAAGCUUAAAAUAGAUCUCCCAGGUGACCUCAUCGCCAAGCUCAUGGUUGAAGGAGAAAGGUCAGCCCCUGUAGCUCAUUGCUCUGUCAUACAUGUCGCCUCCUCAUCAAAUCCACGAGCUGGGUUGAAGAAAAAACAGUUGGGACAGACAAAAACUGUGCUGGUAAAACAUACUGGUGUAAAGCAGGAGAAUCUUGGUACAACUUUGCCAGCUGAUGUUAAGUCCAUCAAACUCCGAGCAUCCUCCAGUCGCACGUAUCAGAGGAGAGGGAACUGAAGAAAAGGACAACACUUAUCAGGAGGAGGGAUUGCUAAUUAAGUGUUAAAAUAACCGUAGUUGUAUGACUUGUGCCUUGAGGUUAAAAAAUAUGUUAUUAGCAACUUGUAAGUCCUAAUGUCAUGGUCUGUAAUAAGGCUAACUAGUAGAAACUAAACAGAGAGUGUGACUCUUUUGUAUUGGUAGGUCUUUUGGCUCUGGUUAAGUCAGUAUCUCAGUUGCUAUCUAUAUCCUUUUUCUAAAGUCUUUUUUCCACUUUUUAUACAGUCACAGAAUCACACAA